AGAUUUUACUCUUAUUUUGAAAUUCGGCACAAACGAUAACUCACCUAGUCAGCAUCAAAAUUUUAGCUUUUUUCUAUGCUUUAUAUAAUUAUAUGGGUGUUAAAAUGUCAAUUAACCUAUGCAUUAAAUUGAAAUUAAUGGAUGAAAAUUGCCGACCAAAUUGAAAGAAAAUGAUAGACAAAAACUUUGACAAGGAAAAAACAGGCCAGCCCACGAAAUGUCCUUUCUUUCUCGUCCUUGUUACGGCUACGUAUAGCAAAUCAAAACCAUUUCUCCAGCAGCCCAACGACCUCGACCGGUUGCUUUAUUCAACAGAAGUUAAUCUCCACUUUCCACUAUUUCACCUGCUGAAGAUAGAAACCAGAUAAGUUGAUCAGAAGCAUGAGGAUAAUAGCAAUUGGAAUCUUAUUUCUCUGGUUUUUCUCUAUCUUCUCUUGUUUGUUUUCAACUGUCUCUUUUGCUGAAAUUACUCCUAGAUUUCCUUCUUCAGUCAUUAUAGGAGCAGAGCAGCUCUCCCUUGUUAAACAAAGUAGUAAUAAGCUUUACAGAGAGAAUUACUUCACCCAAAUACUAGAUCAUUUCAACUUCAAUCCGAAGAGCUAUCAAAGGUUUCAGCAUAGAUAUCUAAUCAAUGACACCUUUUGGGGUGGCCCAAAGAAGAAUGCUCCAAUCUUUGUUUAUACAGGAAAUGAAGGAGUCAUUGAAUGGUUUGCUCAAAACACUGGAUUUAUGUUCGACAUUGCACCAUACUUCAAAGCCCUUCUUGUUUUCAUUGAGCAUCGGUUCUAUGGAAAAUCAAUUCCAUUCGGUGGUGACAAAGACAUUGCUUACAGCAAUGCUAGUACUCUUGGAUAUCUAACCUCGACACAGGCCUUGGCGGAUUAUGCCACUCUGAUUAUUGAUCUGAAGAAGAACCUGACGGCGGUUGACUCCCCUGUGGUGGUUUUCGGAGGUUCCUAUGGAGGAAUGCUGGCAGCUUGGUUUAGACUGAAGUAUCCGCAUAUCGCCAUUGGAGCUUUGGCAUCUUCUGCUCCAAUCCUCAACUUUGAGAACAUAACUUCUCCAUAUAGCUUCAACAACAUCGUAACUCAAGAUUUCAGGAGUGAAAGCGAAAAUUGUUACAAGGUGAUAAAGGGGUCAUGGAAACAAAUUGAAGACACUGGAAAGGAAUCCGGGGGGCUUGAACUUCUCCGAAAAUCAUUCAGAAUAUGCAAAAACUAUAUUGGUGCAGGCGCUUUGGAGGGUUGGCUUCGUACAGCAUUUGUCUACACUGCCAUGACAGAUUAUCCUACUGUUACAAACUUUUUAAAUCCCUUGCCAGCUUACCCAGUGAAACAGAUGUGCAAGGCAAUCGAUGAUCCGACGACAGGGAAUGAUACAUUUGCGAAGUUGUACGGUGCAGCUAACGUUUACUAUAACUACACUGGAACUGCCACGUGUUUCAAUCUGGCUUCUUCCCUUGAUCCUCACGGCCUAGACUUGUGGGGCUGGCAGGCAUGUACAGAAAUGAUAAUGCCAACAGAUGGAAACAAUAAGGAGAGCAUAUUUCCAGAGUCUCAAUGGAACUAUUCUCAGAGAGCAGCUGACUGCAAAGGUUUCUAUGGCGUUGAACCUAGACCCAACUGGAUUAGCACCGAGUUUGGCGGUCAUGAUAUUUACAGGGUUUUGAAGAGGUUUGGGAGCAAUAUGAUCUUCUUUAAUGGCUUAAGAGACCCUUGGAGCGGUGGAGGGGUAUUGAAGAAUAUAUCCAAAACCAUAGUUGCAAUCGUUGCUGAAGAAGGGGCUCACCAUGUAGAUCUGAGGUUUGCAACCAGUGAAGACCCCAAAUGGCUUCAAGACGUGCGGGAAAGGGAGGUCAACAUCAUUUCCAGUUGGAUCUCUCAAUAUUAUCAUGAUCUUGCACGUGAUUCCUAACCAAUUUUUUUCUGCAUUUUACACUGUAUAAGCAAUUGAGCAUCGCUCUGCAUCUUAAUUUGUAAAUGACCAAAUGAGAAAAUAAAAAAAUUGAAGGUUCAUUAUUUGGUUUAACGAGAAUUUGACAUUUCCAAAUUGUUUGUUUCAAAGAAUUCGUCUUGGUCCAAAAGUUU